CCUUGCAAUUGGUAUGUAUGGCGAACUGUGGCAUUGCGGUGGGCUGGCAAGUUUCUGUGUCAUGAUUUCUUCCACUUUGCAAGGCAGAUGAAGCCUUCAAAAGAGUCCUGCAUGUCAGAUACAUACAUGAAGAGCAAGUCAGUCCGUACGCCUUUGGCCCCAUCCUGAUUCUUUCGAGUUCGUAGUCUCCUCGUCUUCGGUCUAAAAACUUUCAACUGUUCACGAUGUUUUCUCGGCUUACUGGUCAUCAUCGCGUGUCAACCGGUGAUCCUGGCGGGCAUCUUGACUAUCGAGGUAAUGAGUGCACAAUGUCGGAAACAAUGGCAAUAUCUGACCUGUCUUCACCGACCACGCUCGAAAAUCACCAUGAAAAGACAGAAACGCCUUCCCCAAGCACUCCAAAGCACUCUCAGAACUCAGAUCAUGGACCAACUGUAUGUUCAAACACACAACCCACUUUUCUGACCACCCAGGUUUCCUCCCCAUCAAUCGUAUCAAGCAACUGGCGCGCACCUUGGACCCGCUAUCUCAGCCGUUCGACGAAAAAAUCUGAGUCAUCACAAGGAAACCAAACCCGAGUUCACCCUGACCCAAACAGCCAAGCAUCAUUGGAAUAUCUAGGCUACAGACAGGAGCUCCACCGCACUUGGGAUUUCUGGUCGCUAUUUGCACUUGCUUUUUGUAACGCCACAAUCCUACAAGGCGCCUUUGGAUCGGUUUCGAUGUCUUACGCGGUUGCUGAGCCCAUAAUGUUCACUCUCGGCAUGUUGAUCACUACGACCUUGAUGACUUGCGUCAAUGCGGCUUUUGCAGAGAUGGCCUCGGCCUUUCCCAUUGCUGGUGCCAUGUUUUCUUGGACCUUCAAGCUGGCUAGGGCCAAUCCUCGUCUACGUGAUUGGGCUAGAAUCAUCAGUUGGGUUGUUGGAUUCUUACUCACUACGUCGCAUGUAGUGCUCCAAUUUCAGAUUGGGAUGGAGUUUACGAGAGUCUUCGUGACGGGCAUUACAGCCUCAGGAGUCGAUUGGAUCGUCACUCCACAUGUGAAGGCUAUGCUUGUCCUAGGUUUUAUCUGCGUGACUGGCUUGUUAUCAUGCACCGGUUUUUCACGUUCACCCCUAUUCUGGAAGAGCGCUGGAGUCUUGGUCGCCAUGCUUCAGGUAUCGGUCUGCAUUGCGCUGGUCACUACUUCCCAGAAGCAGAGAAGUCUGGCCAGUAUUUUCGCCGGUACCAAGAGGAAAUACAACUUCAAGAGCAGGGGAUGGGCUCUUCUGAACGGCUGGAGCAGCGUGACACUUGUCCCGACUGGUUCUGUCACGGAGACUAUUGCACACAUGUCAGAAGAAACUAAAAACGCACAGAAAGCUGCCCCAAGAGCAAUGUUCUUCAGCUCUAUAUUCGUCGGGUUCAUGCAACUCCUGUGCUGCAUUUGUGUUGGAAUGGCCAUCACACCCAUACGACACAAAUCGACUGGUUUUGGGAUCAUCGAUACCCUCUUCGCGCACUGCCCCAAACCGGUGGCCCAGUUUAUUGCGAUCAGCAUUGUAUUGAACUCUUUUCUUGCAAAUGUCUCUCAGUUUUUCGCCACGAGUCGUUUUUUCUGGGCUUUGGCGCGUGACAAGGCGAUACCUCUGGGCAAGACGUGGAGGAAGGUGACUUCUGACCGGAGACCUCUGCGGGCGACCUUCCUGAUGAUCGGAAUAAGCAUGCUUUUCAGCUUGGUCGCCUUGGAUCCAACCGGCAAGUCGAUUGCUAUCUUCGGUGUAUCUAGUGCUCAUUUGGUUCUGUUCUGCCACUUGACGCCGUUGGUUCUAUAUGCUUUCUCGCCGAAUGAUGUCUAUGAUCGGGACGGUAGCAACGCAUGGACGUUGGGGCGUCUCAGCAAACCAGUGGCAUGGGUAUCGAUCUUGUUUUUCACUUUAAUAUUAGUCACCUUAAGCGGGCCGUCUGGAUGGCCGCUUGAUCACAAAAACUUCCCAUACGCACCAUUCUUCCUGCUCAUCACUAUCGUAAUUUCCCUGUUUUUCUGGUUUAUAUACGGAAACUCACACUAUGUUGGCCCGAUCAAAUCUCUUACCACCUGGACGGCGGGCUACGAGAUUGAAAUACCUAAGCAACUAACGAAUGCGCCGGUCCAUCAGGAAAAAGGCGAAGACUAUGAUCUGUCCAGGACGGGGGAUAUGACCGCCAACGGAAGAAGCUUGGCAAACAUGACCAGCCAGCGACGGACUGAGCUGGAACUUCCUCAAGUUUAUCGCACCUAUGACUCAAGUGGUAGCCUCUGGUCAGCUGCAGAGAGUCAACUUCCUAAUCACUCAUUCUUCCAUGGAUGAUCCUCUUUUACCAGCAGGCAGAAUUUCUCUCAUAUUGGGACUCGCUAUCUCUCUAUAUUUAUCUAAAUCUUUCGAGACCUCAUUACCACAUACGCAACAAAGGAAAUAAUUGUGUGAUUGUAUCAGCUCUAAUUUAUAAUUUUCAUCACAUUUUUAUCUGCGAUAAAUUAUCAUGCUCUAACUUAUUUUCAUCAUAUCCAUGUCAGCGAUCUUUUACCAUACUCUUGCACGGCACAAAUGAAUUUCGUGGACAGCCUGAUCCUAACCCAUCAGGAUGUCAAACCCUUCAUACACAGUCUGCCCAACUACCACUUAGGCCAGGGUGUCAGAGUAGUUAAUCUUAGCAUGGUUGUUUUCAUACUCAACAAGGUUGGAUUUUGUUUGUUGGUAGGAUACAAAAGUCGAUCUCUCUACAUAUUACAAAUUCAUGUAGUCUUGCAUCAGUGAUGAGCACAACAUUAAAAAAUGACUGCAGAAAUGUAUUUUUAUAUAUAUUUGAAACAAAAUAAACAGAAAAAAUCAAGUAUCUGCAAAUAAUUGAACAGCUUGGAUAGCGUUAUGAGUAGCUAAAAGAAAGGAAGUAGUCCAAGCAACAAUCCAAUUUUGGAAGUAAAUCUGAUGAGAGAAAUCGAUGGGGUUUGGGAACAUAUUAGGGAGAACAUAGAGAGAAAUAAGGGAGAAAUAAGAUUGGAAUGAUUUGAUGAGUUUGUCGAGUUCUUCGAAUAUGGCCAAAGUAGUUUCACCAGGCUCGAGUCGAUCAGCAUCUUGUAUGGAAAAUGAUAAAUUUGAAAUCGAUUCAACGAUGUUGUCGGUGGUUGCGUGCAAGCAAACUAAUUGAUGAGAGCACAUCUCUGUGAAUAAUUCUACUUCCUCCAUCUUGACAUUUGCCCGAUAUAAUUUCUUGAAACAAAGUCUGGAUAAUUUGAAGAUUGGGAGGAUUGAUCGACCGAGUUUGAUAGCUGGUUGACUCAAGGGACUUUCGCCCUCUUGAUGUAAGGCGUUGAUCGGAUCCAUCUGACGUACUAGUGCUUCCACUUCGUAAUUCAACUUGUUGAUCCCAUCUUUCCAAAGCUCCCAUAUCAAACG